CAACUGUACAAGUAGCAGGAGUACUUUACGUAGGGGUCCUAUUACUCCGCGUAUGUACCCUGGACUCGCGUUCAUCAUCAUCUAUUCAUUCUCAACUUUUUCGGCUUUAGGCUGCAGUGGUGGUCGGAGCUAGGGAGUUAGUAAGCGAGAGGAUGGAGCCGACGGUUGCUGAAACGGGAGGUGAGGGAGGGGGAGGAAGGCGGCAGCAGGCGGGCAUGGGGCAGAUGUUGACUGGAAUAAUUAGAAUGGCGAUUUUCUGGUACUUCGCAUCAAAGUUCUUUAGCCCUAAACGCGCCCCUUCCGAUCCUUCUGCCCAGAUCACCAAUCUCUUCCACAAGGGCGAGCCCUUGGACAUGUGGUUAUACAUCUCAGAGCAAGAAAAGUUCAAUGACUUUGGCAAUGAAACAGCACUCAUUUGGCAUGAGACGAAUAUACCUUAUGCUGUUUGGGGACCUGAAAGUUUGAGGUCUCUUUCUUUGGAGUAUGUUCCAACUGAGGCAUUGAAACACAAUGAGAGUCUUUAUGCUCAUGUAUUUUUUGCUCGCUCUGGGAAUCCCGUGGAUCCCAGUGAUCCAGAGUACCAACCAUUGGCAGCAUUUGGAAGGACACAUUCUGUCGUCACAUAUUUUCCAAAGUCAAAAUCUGACAAGAAGAAGAGCCUGUUAAGCAACUCUGAAGACUCUAAGGAUGAGUUAGUUAUACCCAAGGUGUCUGAAGAACUUGCUGAUUCUAAAGAGGAUGUCUCAAUUGAAUGGGUUUCAUAUUGGAAACCCAAUCUUACUAUCAAUUUGGUUGAUGAUUUCACUAGAUACACUCAAAAUGCAGUUCCAGCAAAUAUUGCUCCUUACUUGAACAUUGCACCCACUACUGGAUACUACUACCCAACUGUGUUCUUCAAUGAGUUUUGGUUACUAAGAGACAAGUUAAUACCCAUCAAUGACACAAUAACAAAGUUGCCACUGCAUCUUGAGCUUAGUCCCAUAAGCAUGACAAAAUGGCAACUAUUCCUGCAGAUAGAUCAAUCUUUUCAGAUUCAUAGGAGUUAUGGAAGCAUGCUUGAAGGCGAGUCUGAUGAACUGAAGAGGGUCUUUUUGGAAGGAAACCCAUACCUUCUUGGGGUUACCAUGGUUGUAUCUCUUCUGCAUUCUGUGUUUGACUUCUUGGCAUUCAAGAAUGAUAUUCAAUUCUGGAACAAAAACAAGUCCAUGGAAGGUCUAUCCGCAAAAUCAGUUGUUGUGAACUUUAUCUCCCAGCUUAUCGUGUUUCUUUAUUUACUUGACAAUGAAACUUCAUGGAUGAUACUUGCAAGUUCUGGUAUUGGCUGUUGUAUUGAGUUCUGGAAAAUAGGAAAGGCUAUGCACAUAGAGAUAGACAGAUCUGGCAAGAUACCUAUGCUGAGAUUCCGCGAUCGCGAAUCAUAUGCUGGAAAUAAGACAAAAGAAUACGAUGAUCUUGCCAUGAAGUAUUUGACAUAUAUACUCUUCUUCUUGGCUGGAUGCUUUUCGAUAUACUCUUUAAUGUAUGAGCAGCACAAGAGUUGGUACUCUUGGAUUCUCUCUUCCCUCACGAGUUGUGUUUAUAUGUUUGGUUUCAUCAUGAUGUGUCCUCAGUUAUUCAUCAACUAUAAACUGAAGUCGGUUGCACAUCUGCCUUGGAGGCAAAUGACAUACAAGUUCCUGAAUACAAUUAUUGACGAUCUCUUUGCCUUUGUCAUUAAGAUGCCUACAUUGCAUCGCCUCUCAGUCUUUCGAGAUGAUUUAAUAUUUCUCAUAUACCUGUACCAAAGAUGGGUUUAUCCAGUUGAUAGGAAACGUGUCAAUGAAUUUGGGUUUGGGGGCGAAGAAGCCGAUAGUGCAGCUAGUAGCAGCACCGUCGCCAGGACGCAGAAUGAAGAUGAGAAGAAAACUAACUGAUCUAACUCUUCUGAUAGUUUAGUGCUUUCUAAACUUAUGGUACUGUUAGUUUUUUGUUUUUAUAAAACUUGAUAGAUAGUGUGUUUGCCCACACCUGAUUUUACUGGGAGCUUGGGGGAUAUUGUCGCCCGUGUUUUUUCCCUUUUCAUUACAUGCUGUUUUGUACUACUAUAUUUAUAUUUAUUUUGAACUCCGUGAAGAAGGUUGACCGAAAGAGAUGAGUUAUCUAGUACUCCAGUAUUAUUAAUAAUGUAGUAGCAUAUUA